AAAAUAAAACACCUAAAAUGCAACUGGAUCAUAUGAGUAGAGGAUUCAAAUGGGCAAGCUCAAUGAUAUCACUUGCAAGUGAACUUGCAAAUGAUAUUGAUGGCCUUGAAGCAUUUUCAUUUCUCGAUGAGCCACCAGGAUCAGCAAUGACUGAACUACCAGGAUCAGCAACCUCGACCGAACUACCAGGAUCAGCAACUACGACCGAACCACCAGGAUCAGCAACCAUGACCGAAACACCACCAUGA